UGAGCGCGCCUGCAAACAACAACAACAACAACCGCCGCCGCGGCCACCGCGUCCUGCUCCUCCGAAGCGCCGCCGCCGCCGGUGUAGCCGCCGGUGUAGCCGCCUCCGCGCCCCCCCGGCCGUCCGGAGCGCCCCGGCCGCUGGUGUAUGUGGCGCCUGCCCGGGACGGGCUGAAGCCGGCGGCGGGGCCGGACCGCAGGCGCCGAGCAGGGCGAGCGCGGCCAGGGUAGCCGCCUGCCGCCGAGCCCCGAGCGCCGCUGCUCGCGGAAGCGCUUUCGGCCGGGAGCUGCGGCCGCCGCCAGCAGUUUUCAUGUUUGGGAUUCAGGAGAAUAUUCCGCGCGGGGGGACGACCAUGAAGGAGGAGCCGCUGGGCAGCGGCAUGAACCCGGUGCGCUCGUGGAUGCACACGGCGGGGGUGGUGGACGCCAACACGGCCGCGCAGAGCGGCGUGGGGCUGGCGCGGGCGCACUUCGAGAAGCAGCCGCCCUCCAACCUCCGGAAGUCCAAUUUCUUCCACUUCGUGCUGGCGCUCUACGACAGGCAGGGGCAGCCGGUGGAGAUCGAAAGGACCGCUUUUGUGGACUUCGUGGAGAAAGAGAAAGAGCCCAACAACGAGAAAACCAACAACGGCAUCCACUAUAAACUGCAGUUGCUGUAUAGCAACGGAGUCAGAACGGAGCAGGACCUGUAUGUGCGCCUCAUAGAUUCAAUGACCAAACAGGCCAUCGUGUACGAGGGCCAGGACAAGAACCCGGAGAUGUGUCGCGUGCUGCUGACCCACGAGAUCAUGUGCAGCCGGUGCUGUGACAAGAAAAGUUGUGGCAACAGAAACGAAACGCCCUCAGACCCUGUAAUCAUUGACAGGUAAGGAUGACUUCUUCAUUUCUCAAAACAAACCCGCAGCAGCAGCCCAGCCCUUUCGCUUGUGCUCGGUUUCUAGCUGCUCCGUUUUUUUGGAGUCUGGUGUGGAGCUCAUCUUGCGAGUUGCACCAUUUGUUGUCCGCGUGCGUUAUCAUGCACAGGUGGGUUGACUGGGAAACCUGGUGGCUCGCUCUGUGGGGAUUCAGUAAUUGCUUGCAAGUUGUCAAGGGAAGCAGUAUCAUCUGCCACUGCUCUCACUGUGAGGAGCACUUUAUGCCUAGAGAUUUGCUGGCUUUCAACCCAGAGAUAUGUCAUAAAAUGCUUUUUGCUAAUUUGUUAACAAGUAUUUCAUUUUUGCCUUGUUUUUAUCUCGGAUGAUAGCUGAAGUUGAGACUUGGGUGGCGUUGACUGUUGUAAUUGUUGCCCAGUGUUAGAAUGAAUUUAAUCUGCUCUCAAUUAGCUGCAAAAUGUCUCCUAAUUUUUUUCCAAUUGUGGCUGUCGCUUUAUGUCAAGUAGCAAAUAUGUAACUAACAAACCAAAGUUGUUAUAAUUGAAACUAAUUACACACGCUGGUUACAUUUUCCAACAUUAAUUUCCACAACUAGAUGAGCUGUAUGCAUUCUUUACCUUGCUGCUUUUCAUCUUGCGAUUUAUCAUAUUCCUUGGGCAACGUCGCAUCCUUUUAAGAUACUAAUCAUUAGUCCUAAUAGUGCUAAUGUGCGUUUGGCAUUGCUUUGGUCGAAACAACAAAAACAUCCCCUUCCACCCUCCUCUUCCAACACUCACCCAAAUCGCUGGCUUUCGGUGACCUGGAGGAGAGGAGGAGUCCUUUCUUCCCAACAGUGGGAGGAACAGUAAGAGGCCCAGUGUGUGAUUGACUGCAGAUUUCGCAAUUGGUACCCAAAUCGAAUAAAUGUUAGGCUUGUACAUAUGACACCAGUUUUGUGAGGCAGAGGGUUAGACGGUUUUGAAGAGGGGUUGAAUUUCAGCAGCUUUCAUUACAAAGUUAUCUUUUGAUCGUGAACUUUGCUGUCCAGUGUCUGAAAAAUUAAACCCGGAAAACUCUAUGAGUUAAGCCUAAAGAAAUAUGCACCACCAGUGGAGAGCAAUGCUAAUGUUUAACUAGCUGGGAUAGCUGUUUGCUUAGUGGAGAAUGUUCGGUAUCUGACAGAGAGGACAGCUCUCUUAUUAGUAAUCAAAUAGGGCUGACCAGUUGUGGCCGUCACUCAGGCAAUUGAGAACAAGUUCAACACUUUAUAGAACUCCAACUCCAAAAAUCAAUAGAAUUAUAUUUGUCUUUAGUGUGGUGGCUAUGGAAAUCGUACGGCCUUGGAUUGUCGUCUCGUCACCGAAUUCAUUUUAUUUUGUUUUUGACUGGCUAAAAGUGUUUGAGCAGCUCCUGGAAUCUUGUCUGAGCGUGAGAUGCCUGAAGAGGCGGUGUGUGUUUGCUGGCAAUGCAGGAUUGUGAGGCGUGCCUCUUUGGGUUGUCUUCGGUUGGUGAGAUGGUGAGAUUUUAGAAAGAUGACUUCCUUUUAAAUUGUGACGUCGUCAGCACAAUAACGGAGGGGUCGUGCCGAUUCCACGAACGUUUGGGAUACUGUGUGUUCCCUUCAAAAUCACGUUGGGUUUGUGUACCAUUCAAUCAUUUAUCGACUGUUGAUACUGAAUACUUUUUAAUACUCAGUUUUAAUCCACGCGGUGGGAAAUAUCUUCCCUUGAUAUGCAGAAAUGUCCCCUUUCAUUCUUGUCUGGAUGCUCUCUUCUAUUUGGUUAAUUCAAGUGUGUGCCGAGAUUACCAAAACCUUUCUAGUCUAAGAGAAGUGUGUGAUCAUUUGAUAUUCCAGAAGCGUGAGAGGAGGGGAAAAAUGUAAAAACAUUUGGCUAAUGGGUUUACCAAGUUUAUUUGAAUAAGGAGGAUUGCAGCCCCAUUUACGCCUGGCGUAAAUGCUUUGGAGGUCUUAAUUAUUGAUGAAAAAUCUGCUUGGCUUCUAAAUUCAAAGAUAUGACAAUUUUACAGGAAUUUUAAUCACCUUCCA